CCUGUUAACCAGGAGGGGAACAUGGUGACGGCGCGCCAGGAGCCGCGGCUGGUCGUCAUCUCCGUCGGCUGCGAAGACGGGCACCUCACCUUGGACGCCCCAGAAAUGGAGACGCUGAGCCUGCCCAUAAAGCUCCCCAGGAAGAAUCCCGUGCGGAACUGCAGGGUGUUUGGACUGGAUAUCCAAGGCAGGGACUGCGGAGAUGAAGCGGCUCGGUGGAUCACCACUUUCCUGAAGUCAGAGCCGUGUCGACUGGUGCACUUUGAGUCCUCCAUGGUGCCAAGAAAGUCAAAGGACAUAAUAAACCUUUUCCGAACCACAGAUGAGGUUGCCUAUCCUGACUGUAGCCCGGUCUUGGUCCUCUCAGAAGCUUCACUGGAAGAUUUAAAUAGCAGGCUUGAGAAGAAAGUUAAGAUGGAGAACUUCAGGCCAAAUAUUUUUGUGGCAGAUUGCGGUGCUUUUGAGGAGGACACCUGGGAGGACAUUCUUAUUGGCGAUGUGGAGAUGAAAGGGACAGUGUGUUGUGCCAGGUGUAUUUUAACAACUGUUGACCCAGACACUGGGGUCCUGGACAGGAAGGAGCCCCUGGACACAUUGAAAAGUUACCGCUUAUGUGAUCCAUCUGAGCGACACAUAUACAAAUCCAGCCCUCUCUUUGGAAGAUACUUUGCUGUUGACAAAACUGGAACGAUUCAAGUUGGAGACCCUGUGUACAGGAUGGUCCAGUAA